ACAUGUCUCGCUGCAUUUGGCCAAAUCCUGCCUCGCCAAGUGCCCUCCACAUAUACAACUACGCCGUCCCAUGCCGUGGCGCAGACAAGCAACCUAUUUAUACGCCUAUUCAUUCCUACUUCCCCAAAGCCUGCAUACCGGCCCGUCACUCACUAACUUGGCCAUCCAAACAUAAAAGAGCCUCCAGCCAGCAGUCAUCGCUGCAUUUCUCCACCUCACAUCUACCAACAAAGCUGUACUUUCGUUACAACACUCGCUACUACCAAAACCUACAAUACAAACUCAUUCCAAUCUCGCCAAUCGAUAUCACAAUGCGUCUCACCCAACCUCUCGCUCUUACCGGCGCUUUUGCCUUCUCGGCCUAUGCCACGCCAAUUCCAGAGGGAGCUCAACAACAGUGUAGCUCAACAAUUACACCUGAGCAGCUUAUUGCCAUCGCACCCAAGACAGCCAGCUGCAAUGGUGCAGCUUUCCCCGACGAAUGCGCUGAUGCUGCUCGCGCUGCCCCAGCCAUCUCCGCCUCGUUCAAACAAUACCAGAUUGAAUCCAAAGGUGCUCAAGCAGCUUUGAUCGCAAUCAUGCUUUUCGAGAGCGGCUCUUUCCAAUUCAACAAGAACCACUUCCCCGGCCGCCCCGGACAGGGUACCAAAAACAUGCAGAUGCCCGAAUUCAACCGAGAGUACGCAACCGCAACUGUUGGCGCCGACAAAGUCGCCCUCGCUGAAGUCCCCAACAACGUCAACGCCACCGCCGAGGCUAUACUUGGACUUGUAAACAGCAAUGAUACUUUGAGCUUUGGCAGCGCCGCAUGGUACCUCAACACCAAGUGCGAUGUCAGCUUCAAGGCCAACCUGGCAGAUGGAAGCCAGAAGACCUGGGAUGAAUAUCUGACAGGGUGUAUUGAGACUACAGCUGACAAGGAAAGGGACGAUCCUUGGAUCGCUGCGAAGCGGGUUUUGAUGGUGUAA